AUGAGUGCGGCGCUGAAGGAGGAGGGGAAUCGGAAGUUCAAGGAAGGUGACUUCUCUGGAGCCGUGGAGGCCUACAGCCAGUCUUUGGAGCACGACCCCGAGCAGCACCUGUGCUACAGCAACCGCAGUGCUGCAUACUUGAAGUUGGGCAUGUUCGAGAAGGCGCUGCUGGACGCUGAGAGCUGCACGAAGAUGGCACCCGAGUUCCCAAAGGGAUAUUCCCGACAAGCUGCAGCUCUACAAGAGUUGAAGCGCUGGGAAGAGGCUUUCGCCAUUUUGGAGCAGGGCACCACGAAGUGUUCCCAAGACGAUGCCGCAGCGCUGCAGAAGACCAGCCAUGAGGCGAAAGAUCGUUGGCUGAUCUGCCAACUGCAGGGCUGUUGGCAUGGGAAAGUGACAGAGGCCUUGGGAGGCUAUGAGCAGGAGAUCGAGUUUUUGAACUCUCGCGAGGUGCGUGUGCAAGUGCUCGGCCGGUCCAUCAUGGGUCGAUUUUGGGUCGACGCCUCACAGAGCCCCAUGCAUUUGGACAUCCAGGUGGUGAUGGAGGACAUUCCGGUCACCAUGCCGCCACCACCGCCGGUGCCUUACAUCACAAAGGUGGACGACGAAGGCUUGCAUUUGUGUUGUCCUUACAUGAAGUUGGAAAGACCCGAGACCUUCGGCGGAGAAGGCUACUGCAAAAUGGCCAAGGGCACCUUGGACAACUCGCAGGACGCGUCGGUGCAGCAGCUCAGCAAGGCGGAACAGCUGCUCCUGUGCGCCAAGGAGGUGAUCAAGGCCUUGCCGUCGGAGCGGCCCCCGGAGAUCGACGCCAUGGACAACGAGGAGGCGCAGCAGCAGAAGGUCAUGGCCCAGGUGAAGUUUGAGACCGCCAUCUUCAAAGUGCAGAACAGGUUUGGUGAGGAGCUCAUGAAGGAGGUCUUCGAGGCCGCCAAGGGCGAGGCGCCCGAGGGGCUCCGCGGCACGGCGGAGUUGGAGGAGCUCCGGAGCAAGCUGCAGAUCAUCGAAAGCACCCCGGAGCCGGAGCCGGACCCGGUGGCCGAGCGCGCGGCGCGGCGCGCGCGGCGGAAAGCGCCGGUGCCGGAGGCGGAGGGAGACCUGGAUGAGGACGGGAAGGAGGGGCCGAGGCUCAACAAGGACGUGACCAAGCGGCCCACAGCCUCUCAAGUCCUUGGCUACCAAUGGUUUGAGAAUGCUCUCACCCCAUCCCGCAAGAUGAGGGGGAGGAACAACUGGGCCACGGUGGGCAUCACCAAGUCCUUCUUGGCCCGCCCCUCCGUCGCCGGUGACCAGGCGAAUCCGGCGGCCAAGGCGCUCCGGGAGCUGCAAAGGAGCUUGGGCGCUGAAGGUGCGAAGAUCCCUGGACGGCAGUCCUGA